GGCACUACUAGACACUGAUGGGCACAGGUGGGUGGCACUGGUGGGUGGCAGUGCUGACCAAUAACAUAGUACUUAUGUCCAGGGGCAGACUGACAACUCAUGGGGUCCCCGGGCAAUAGGGGAUCAUGGGGCCCCUGUGUCCUUGUCCAAACUCAAAAAAGCCUAUGAAAAGGUACCAGGGGCAUCUCAUGGGGCCCCCUACUGACCCCGGGCCCUCGGGCAGUGCCCGAGUUUCCAAAUGGUCAGUCUGCCCCUGCUUAUGUCUAGGGUUUCUCAUGGUAAAAAAG